GGAAGUAAGGUUCGCUUCGUUGAAUUUAAUCAGUUUAUUUGUGGAUAUAGAUUUAAAGUAACCUCAUACGUGAAAUAGUAUCCAGGUAUAUUGGUAUAUAUAUAGGCCAAAGGUGUAACAUUAGACAGAUAAACACUCAACUACCUAAACACCAUGACAGCUAAUGUGUUGAGAUUUUAUCUACUUUUAACGUUUCUUCCAACGGUAAAGAUGUACACUGAUCUACCGAGAAGCUGUUCCUGUAGCAAUGGUAGGACGAAUACAGGUGUGGACGUAGAUUGUUCUCAUGGCGGAUUUUCUACUGUACCUGAUAACUUACCUGUAAAUACGACUUACCUGUAUUUAAAUAACAACAAGAUAAAACAUCUGUUAAAUAAUCAGUUUGUGAAGUUAACCAACUUAAAAUAUCUGAAUUUGAGUUUCAACCCGAUUAGUGAUAUCCAUGAAAAUGCUUUCAACAAUCUAUAUCAGCUUCAGGUGUUGCAACUCAAUGGACAUGAUCUCAACUAUUCCCAUCAAUCACUACCAGAUGAAGUCUUCAAACCCUUGACAUCUUUAAAACGUUUAAGUAUCCGAUCACAGGUCAAAUAUACAGGGAAUAUCAAACAGUUUACCGCAACGAGCAAGGCGUUCGGCUAUUUAAUUAAUUUGCAACAUCUUAGUGUUGAUUCUUGGAUCAUCGAGAAAUUUAAUUUGGGUUUCUCAAAACUUUUUAAUCUACAAGAACUGGAUUUGUCAAGCAUAGAUUAUACUGAAUUUAAUUGUCAACUACCUUAUAUUACUAAUAAUACUUUCAUUGUCUUUAAAUCAAUUCCGAUUUCAACUAUAAAUUUAAAAGGGUGUGUACUUUAUUAUAUAGACAAGGAUGCCUUUGCUCCAUUACCGAGUCUUGUCAACAUCGUUUUAUCGACGGCAUUUGAAUCUAACCUUGCUAUACCUGAUCUUAUACCUACAUUACAUGUAUUUAAAAACAGAACACUCAAAUCUGUAAAGAUGGUUAAUUGUUUUCCUCAUUUCUGGUAUUUUCAUGUAUCGGGUUAUCCGUUAUCCUUAGACAUACUUUCUGAUAUUUGCAUAGAGUAUUUAGAUCUUUCCAACAAUCAAAUAAAUAUGGUAGACUUCUCAGCUUUUUUGACAGUACCUAUACCACGUUUAACAAAGUGUUUGAAACAUUUGGAUUUAUCAGGAAAUAUUAUAUCAGGCAAAAUAACACACCCACUUGAUUUUUAUCUUCUGUUUCCUAAAUUUGUAAAUCUCGAAUAUUUAGAUUUGUCAAAUCAAAAAAAAUUUCAGAUGGGUGGCAAUAUAGGGUUUCAUGAUAUAGAAACAUCGAAUGUUAGAGUUCCAAUUCAGUUGCCCAAAAACCUCAGAUAUCUGUACGUGGACGGACUAGUUUGGCGUUUGGGAACGUUACCAAUCACUAAUUGUACCGGCGGGUCAAAUAUGAUUUCUCUUAAUAUGUCCUACACCAGAUUAACCUUUUCCUCAAAAAGCAAAAUUAUUGGUUUAGAAAAUUUACAAAUUGUGGAUUUUACUGAAUGUAAUUGCCGUUUUAUAGAUCAAUCGUUUUUUGACACGUUUCCAAAUUUAACCACCAUGAGAUUGAGUAGUGUUAACCUAGAUAAUGAUGUUUUUUUUAAUAUUGGUAAAAGACUUUUUAAACCUUUGAAAAACUUACAAAAUUUAGAUCUGACUAAAAACCUUCUGCGUAUCCUACCUGCUGAUAUAUUUGAUGAUCUAACUGAAUUGAAAACAAUUUCUUUAUCUUUUAAUAACUUGGUCUCCAUUCCUGAUUUGUCAACACUUGUAAAUUUACAUAAUAUAUAUCUCAGUUAUAAUGCCUUGGCUAUCGUUGAUGAACAGACCCGAAGUACAUUGGAUAAACUUACAUCAGACAAAAAUCCUAUACACGUAUCAUUGUUUGGAAAUACGUUUAGUUGUACCUGUGAAUCGUCAAGUUUAUUGGCCUGGUUUUAUCAAACAAGAGUAGAUUUAGAUGGUAGAAAUUAUUCCUGUAUAGACAAGAUGGGUAAAAAAACGACAACACGUCUCAUCACCAAUCAUUUCCGAGCUUUACAACUUCAUUGCGUUUCCAGUACUUGGUUAACAGUAGCCGUGACUGGAAUAAGUUUACUUCUUGUGGCUUUGUUGACAAGUUUUGUGUUCGUUAAAAACAAACUAAAGAUAAAACUGAUUUUGCUACGAAUGAUCGGACGUUAUAUAAAACCCAGAAGACGAGAAGAGUUCCUGUAUGACGUAUGUAUUCUGUAUGCGGAUGACGUGUACCAGUGGGUGUGUCACGACCUGCGUGUAGAGCUGGAGCUCACACGAGGAUAAAAACUUUUUAUUCGUGACAGAGAUGAGAUUCCUGGUGAAGAUAAGCCUGUUGAACUUUACAACACCAUGAAUUCUAGUUGGAGAGUUGUUCUAAUUUUAAGCCCAUGGUUUCUGGCGUCGGACUUUGCAUCAAGCACUAUGUCCAUGUGU